UUUGUUUUUCCCACCCUGAGUGUCAAACUUUGACACCCCAAUGUCCGGUUUACAACAAAACAGCUCAGGUGCCACAUCUCGAAGUUCCGACCUCGAGCCAAAAUGCUGCGUCGUUUUGCACCGUUGGGUGUUUUGCUCGCUUGCCUUCUUGGCAGUUUUCAUCUCCUCACUCAUGCUCCACCUCCCAAACCUGCUCGAAGACUCGAAAAUAGUUCCAGUGAAAAACCCCAACGGCUCUGGCUUUUGCCCCGCAAAAACCACAAACUACACUCAGAGAGUUUGGGUGCUAAAGGACCCAGCGACCAAAUAUAUCACAGUCUAUGCCAUACAUUGGGGGUAUUUAGCCUCGUGCUUACCCGGAGCGAUUCUUUCCGACCAGUUUGGAGGAAAGUACUUGGUGACUUUAAGUCUGCUUUUCUCGUCGUUUUGGUGUUUGAUCAACCCGGCAAUCGCCGUUUUGAGCAGAAAAAGGCCGGGCUGGAUGGCCGGCACUAGGUUUUUCCGCGGUUUUUUCAAAGGGUUUGCCUUCCCGGCAAUUAUGUCCCUUCUGGUGCGAUGGGCGCCUGACACAGAGCGCACCUCAAUGACGUGCCUGGUUUAUGGUAGUUUUCUCCUCGCCCAUGAAAUAUCCUCAGUAAUCCAGAGAAUCAUAACCAAGGAGGAAGCCUACUUUGUGUUUGGUUCAGUGGGGGUGGUUUUCUGCCUACUGUGGCACCUCUUCGUGUACCCAAGUCCGUACGAACACCCGUGGAUUAAACCCAGCGAGCUCAAAUUUUUUGACGAAAACACGGAAGAUAAGCCGGUUAAAGGCCGUAAGAAAAUACCAUGGGGCCAAAUGUUCACUUCUAGCCCUUUGUGGGCGAUUUUGUUCCUCCAGGUUGGGCAAGCCUGGACUUGGUUUGUUUUUAUCUACGCUUACGAAGUCUACAUGCCGGGAGUUUUGAAAUUCGAAAAUUAUGAUAAUACAGUUUGGUGGACACCGUUUUAUUUGUUCUUCGGUUUGACGAUCAUUUUCGGAUUCACGUCAGAUUGGUUCAUCAAAGGGAAGCAUUUCAGUGUGACCACCAUGCGCAAAAUCAAUGCUGUUGUCGGGAAUGUUGGGGCUGGUGGCAGUUGCAUGUUUGCGAUUUUUCGCGGCUGCAACAGCAAUGGUGUUAUGCUCCACUUUACAAUCGGGUUGUGUUUUGAAGCGUUGCUUUAUUCGUCUUGUCGUGUCAAUCAUUUGGAUUUGACGUCCAAUUUUGUGGGGACUUUGAUGGGAAUUACUCGGAGUUCUAAUCAAAUUAUAGAAUAUGUGAUUAGAGCACGACUUCCGCAAUUCCUAACGGCAGAAAGCAGUUUGCCACAUUGGGCCAUGCUGUUUUGGUUAACUUUUGGGAUUAAUCUACUGUCAACGUUUUUUUUUGUGGUUUUCGGAAGCGGGCUAAGGCAAGAAUGGAAUCGUGUUCAAUAAAUAAAAAAUAUUGUCGUUUGUGUUUUACUAAGACCAAAAUAUACCUACCACUA